CGUUUAAUUGUAUAUUGUCCAAAUUUCGAUCGUAAGAACGCGACUUCUACGCGAUUCGCGAGGUUGUCGGUAAUAUAGGGCUCCCUUAACGGUUGCCACGGCAACGUUGUUGUCAAUAAACAUAACCUAUCCAUCAUUUCACGUCGUUUCGAUGUUGACGAACGAAAGAAGUAAAUGGGAAGAUCAUCGAGCAGAUAAAUGGGCAACUUCGCAUUGAAAUCAUGUUCCGUUGUAUGGAGACAGGCAGGAAAUAGCGUAACUUGUCGACGAUUUUUGCAUGAUGUUCAGCACAGUAGAAACCACAGUUUCUUCGUACAGUUAGACGACAAAUCUCGGGCAGUAUUGAAUUAUGAAGCUGACGGGAGGGUCUUGUACAUGCGAUCCGUCGUUGUUCCUGAUAAGUACAGGGGUCGAGGCUUAGCGAGACUUUUAGCAGAGACAGCAUUCACAUAUGCCAUAGUGAACAAUUAUUACAUGUAUCUGCAAUGCGAAUACCUGCAGACAUAUUAUCUCACAGUAAAGAAUUUUGACUUGGAGAAACACAUUGUCGGGCCAAGCGAUAUCCUGGAGGAUCGCAGUUCCCUGCUUUUGGAUCUUGAUACUGUUCAUGAGCUACCGGAACCGAAAAAUCUCCAAUCCUAAUUACAACAAAUUUUAGAUCCUUUCUACAUCCUAUUGUGUGUUAUUUCAACAUCACUUUGAGCAAAAGAGGUCCAUAAAACAAGGGAGCGAUGGAGGAGAC